AUGCUACUCCGAACGAAAUUGCGACCGAGGGCAUUGCGGCUCACGGCUUACCGCCCGACCCGUUUCAAGUCUGAAAUCCCAUUCCUUCGUAUUGAAGAUGGAACCUUUUACAAGAAAUACCCAACCUCCGAAGACACGUCCAAUCCACCUCUUUUCCCAAACCUGAACUUCACUCUGCCCGCUAUUUAUGUUAACGGUGCAACCAAGGAGGCACCUCCGCAACACUGGGCUAUAAUCGGUCCAGCCGGUCGAACCGACCUCCUGCAUAUCCUCCGCGGCCAACACAUCUGUAUCCCGCCCAAGGCACGUUCAUAUCCGUACCUCCUCACAGACGAGAUCGCCGAAAAAGACCCACGGCUACGCGUGAUUGAAAAUGCGGUCCAAUAUGUUGGUUUCAGCGGCGAGGGCUCGGGGGCCAUUGGAGGGGUCCGUGGCGCAUAUCUCAGUGCUCGCUAUGAGAGUCACCGGGAGGAAACCGACUGGACCGUGCUGCAAUACUUGCGUGGGCAGACCUCCUUGAAUCCGAUGGAGGGCGAUGAAAAUGGCACGCUACAUGAUGAACUCUCUCUCCAGCGGACCAUUGAAAGUCUUGAGCUAGGAAAUCUUCUCCUCUUGCCAGUCUCGAGUCUAAGCAAUGGUCAAACUCGUCGAGCGCGAAUUGCAAAGGCUAUUCUAAGCAAACCAGAGCUAUUGCUUCUUGACGAGCCAUUCAUGGGAUUGGACCCGGUGGCAGUGAGGAAGAUCUCUAACCUUCUUCAUGAAUUAGCGAAGAAGAGCGCCCCGCGGCUCAUUCUAGCUCUGCGCCCCCAGGACAAGGUGCCGGACUGGAUCACACACAUUAUGAUUUUGGGCAAUGACCAUAAGGUUCUCCUGCAAGGGCCAAAGCCAGCUAUCGAAGACACGCUCAAUGUCUGGAGCUACGUCGCAAAUAAAUCUAAGCCGGACUCUUUACCCGACCAGCAAGCGGAAAUAUUGGAGAAAUGUACAGCAGACUUGAAGGCUGGUGUUUUGGACAAAGAACUCCUUGGGGAUUUAGUGGCGCAUACGAAUGAGAUAAAGUCCACAGAAGUCCAUGCACCCUUGGGCGGAGAGCCAGUCAUUGAUAUGGAAGGAGUUCAUGUCAAGUACGGGGAUAAGGUAGUACUCGGUAAUUGGCAACAGAACGUAAAUGGCGAAGCAAAGGAUGGGCUGCAUUGGCGAGUACGUCGGGGGCAACGCUGGGCGAUCCUUGGUCCCAACGGGUCAGGCAAGACAACAUUGCUAUCAAUGGUCACAUCCGACCAUCCGCAAGCGUAUGCACAGCCUGUCAAACUUUUCGGACGAUCCAGGCUUCCGGAGCCUGGCAAACCAGGAAUUUCAAUCUUCGAACUGCAGUCCCGCAUUGGACAUUCAUCACCGGAGAUCCAUGCGUUCUUCCCGCGUCAAUUAUCAAUCCGUGCAGCACUUGAGAGUGCCUUCGCCGAGACCUUCCUGUCAAAGCCGAAGCUGAACAUUCAACGCGAUCAAGAUAUAUCCGCAGUCCUGCAAUUCUUCCAGCCCUAUCUGGAUCCAAAUUACGCCCCGGGCGAGGUACCAAAAAUAUCGACUGCCGGUCUCCCGUCACUCACGAAGCGGACUCACGUCAAGCUAGGUACAUACGCGUUAAUGGAUCACAUUGUUGGAUACGCAGAUGAAAUUCUCUUCAGUGAGCUCACCACCGCACAACAACGCAUUGUGCUUUUCCUCCGGGCCAUCGUCGCCAAGCCGGACAUUGUUAUUCUCGACGAAGCUUUCUCGGGCCUAUCUGCAGCACAGCGUAACGCGUGCUUGCAUUUCUUAGAAAAUGGCGAGAGACCUAAACGCCGUGCACUUAAUGUUCAAGCCCGCUCCUCGAAGGAGUCGGAAUUCCGGUUCACUGGUCUCACGGAGGAUCAAGCCUUGAUCAUGACUAGCCAUGUGGCCGAUGAGAUUCCCGACAGCGUCCGCUACUACAUGCGACUGCCGUCUCCUCCAGGGACUUUCAAUCCCCUUGAUUUCCGCUUUGGUAUUCUCCAAUCUAAAACCACUCUGCGACACCCUCAGACCUGGGAGGCAGCCUGGUCUCCUCCCGACGCGUUCAUCAAGCAUGCCCGCAGGACGUGGCGCCGCAAGCAACAUACUUUGCCGGUACAGGAUAUGACUGAAUUCGAAUGGUGGUCGAUAUAG